AUGGCCGAUUUGCAAGAGCUGUUCUCGCGACUCAAAGCCCAAGGUCCAAACGAUCCAGCAACUCCAGCUCAGCAGCAACAGAACAACGCACAGAGCGGCAUUUGGGCAUCGUCGCCUCUCCCAACACCACAUCAACCGCCAUCGGUGUCCUCACCGCAAUACACACCACAAGUAUCCACGCCCGACCCUCGCCACGCAUCGAAUGUCAUCAGCCCGGUCAAUCCAUCCUCACACGUCGGAACGCCAAAUCCAGAUCUCAACCGUACCAGCAACCUGCUGAACCUCCUCAAGUUCAGCAGCCAGCCUGGGCAGAAGGAGCAGAAGGAGCAGACGGGAGCUAUGGGUGCACUUCACAAUGCUCGCCAGUCGGUGCACCUUCCCACCACUGUGCAAGCUCGUGAUAGCGUGCACUCUCGCGGCGAGGCUCGACCGCUGUCUGCUGCCGACCUCAUGAAUAGUAUUCAGCGCUCAUCCUCAGGCAGUAUCAUGACCAGCUCAGCAAUGGCUGGCGCGGGGGCUGAGCGACCAGACAUGUCUCGCUCCGCUGCCAACUCGAGCACCAACCAGCAGGACUUCCUGCUCAAUCUUCUUAAGCCGAAGACAGCAUCACCUGCCGUUGAGCAAGCACCACAGAGAUCACUCAGCCACCAACCUGACGUCGACAACAUGGCCAGAGAGUUUGCGCAGGCCUCGAUUGCUACCAAGCAGCCUCACUCAAGCGAAGCCACGCCAGUCCACCAGUUUGGUAGCCCUGCCACGACACCUUUCGCAGCUCCACUGUCCACCAAGUCAUCCAUGUUCAGCUACGUCAAUCCGUUCGAUCAACUACAUUCGAGCUCGCCACUCAACAAGUCGCGACCGGAAGAGCAGGCAAACCAGCCCAAGAAGAUCGAGAUUCUCAAGCACGAUCGGAGUACCUCUGGAGCUAGGAACGGCGAGUCUCCGGCGCAUAAGAGCAGAAGAGUCGAAAGCGUGCGCACUGCUUCGGCACUGUCGGACAAUAGGAGUGGACAGAGCGUGUCGCAAGCUCUCGAAGGUGUCGGUGAGCAGGUUGACAAGCAGGUUGAGCAGGCUCUUGCAGACGCCGACCUCAAGGCACCCUCCACCAAGACCGCUACCGACGAUGAACUGGUCGUUAAGAAAGAUCCAAUUCCAGCUGCAGAUGACGACGUGGAGUCGAAUUGGGAGUCGUCCGAGGACACGCACAAGGAGGACGGCAAGGUCGAAGUGUACAACUUCCCUAUGAAACCGUUUGUUUCGCUUCAGAUCAAGCCGCUGAAAUCUGUACGACCGAUCCGUCAAGACAACUUCAUGGUCAUCGCGCAGUUGAAGAAGGAAUUCGACCAGAUCGACCGCUCGCUCGUCACUGCUAGCCAGACUCACAUCGUCUACGCGCAGGUUGCCACGAAGAAAGACAACGGCGGAUUCAGAAUCAUCCGCCAAGACUCUGGCGAUCACAAGCAGGUGUUCAGAUCUAGCGGCGAGCGCAUCUUCAGUGUUCAGCUCUGCACUUCUCCGGUAAAUGGAUACGACGUCGAGACUGUGCUUGGUACUGGAGUCAAUGGAUCUGUUUUCUGGACCUCCCUUAACAAGUCGCGAGCCGAGCUCUUCCCAGACGACGAUGUCGAUGCGAAUGGCUUCAUCAUGCCUUCAGUUGCCACCGCGGAAGAGAACACCUCGGGAUCGCCGUUUAAGACACGCGCGAAGGUGAGCUCACGACACCCGGAGUACUUCGCAAUCGCACGCGGAAAGAACAUCUUCAUUAUCGCACCAAAUACCGCCAAGGACGCUGCUUACUGUGACCCUGGAUCGCGCAAGGUUAACAGCGAAAAGUAUUUCGGACAUCGCAGUUUCAAGAUCAACACUGGCAAGGCUGGCAAAGACUUCUGCUUUUCAGAAGACGACACUGUCAUUGCAAGCCUCGACAAGAACGGUCGCUUCAAGUUUUGGGACAUCCGCAAUCUCCUCAGCAGCGCCAUGGACACCACUGCAGGCAAGCACGAUCCAGUCGACUUGCGCGAACCACUGUGGCAGAUGAAUGCCGCAGCGUCUGGCAGCAAGCCGGACGAAAAGCCUUCCGUCUCGUCGAUCAUGUUCUUGGACAAGGAGCGACCAGUUGUGAAGGGUAGCGCCAUGCGAUAUGUGAUCAUCGGCUUCAAGCAAAACCACAUUCUUCAGCUUUGGGAUCUCGGGCUCGGCAAAGCCGUGCAGGAGAUCCGCUUGCCACAUGAGAAGGAUAGCGAUGGCAUCUGCAGCAUAAGCUACCACUCAAAGACCGGCAUCAUCGCAGUCGCCCACCCGACUCGGAAUUCGAUCUACUUUAUCCACCUUAGUGCGCCUAAGUAUAACAUACCGCACAUGGAGCAGGCAAAGUACAUCGCUAUGCUGGCUCGCUCAGACCCUGCUUUACCGAAGCCAGAGAGCACUGCAAUUAUGAGUGGACUUAGGGAGUUCUCUUUCGCCAAAGCAGGCCAGCUUCGCAGCAUCGACAUGCUUAAGACUCCUGUCGAGAACGCGAGCGAGAAGAACACUGCCGGAGAGACACUGUUUGAGCUCUACGUCAUGCACUCGAAGGGUGUUGUUGGCGUAAGCAUCAAGCGAGAGGAUCUGGGCUGGGAUGAGAAUAGCAAGAUGCUCAAUCCGAAAGAUGCACUUAAGGAGGGCGUGAUCGAUGUCACCGAUCUGCUCCAACCGGCAAAGCUACCGGUAGGCAGCGAGCCAUCAAGCAGUGCAGAUACCCUGACCAAGCAGAGCUCCAAGGCGCCAGCGCCGAAGAAACAUGAGACGCCUAAGGAGCCAUCUCCGGCGAAGGACAUCAAGAAGGAGCCACGCAAGACGCCCACCCCUGCUCCCCCUGCCAACGGCACACCUCGCAUGCUGUCGCCAGAGCCGCCGAACAAGCCUUUGCCACAGAUCCCCACCAAUCCGCCAUUGAUGACGCCAGAUUCUUACUCGCUUGCUUCUGCGCGUGCUAAGUCCUCCGCCAGCAAUCGAUCACUCGAAAAGGUCAUCGUAUCACCACAGGCCGCUGCCGCGCAAGCUGCCACACAGACAGCGGUCACCGGCGACCAGACUGAGUAUCACGCUUCGCUGAGCAAGCACUUCGAGCAGCUCUACGCUCGUAUUGAAUCUGACAAGCGGGUUCAGGAUGCCGCGGCUGGGGCCAAGCAAGAUGCACUUCUGCGACUUGUGUCAUCCACGCUUACUGAGAACGUGGACCGGAGCCUCAGCAGCAUCAUUGCUAACCGCAUCGAGAGCGAUGUCAUUCCUACCCUGACCGAUGUCACCAGUCGAGUCUGUGACCGAAAGAUCGCCGAGCUCCUACCACAACAGCUCAACGCCAGCGUCGCCACCGCCAUGAAAGCAUCGUUGUCCAACACAUUGCAGCAAGCACUCAGGGACAAGGAGGUCCACAAGGCUAUCUCUGAGAUUACUGCCAACCACGUUGCUCAGAGAGUGCAACAGCAAGUCUCAGUGAUGCUACAACAACAGCUGCCGGAGAUGACUACGCAAGCCGCUCAGCGGAUGGUAGGUGACCUCGAGAACCGAUUCGCUCAAUAUCAGCAAACGUCGGAGGCCCAACGUAAGCAGGAUGGUGUCAAGAUCGACGAACUGUCAACUGUUGUUCGCAGCCUCUCUGCUACUCUGCAGAACAUGGCCACAAGUCAGACUGCUUUCCAAGAGCAGAUUCUGAAGAUGCAACGUGAUGGCCGUGGCACACCAUCGGCUUCAUCUGCUGCACUCACUGCGCCGGAGCCACCACCAGAGGCCGAAGACGAGGACGUCACACGUAUGACACAGAUGCUCAUGGAUGGCAAGUUUGAAGAAGCCACUAUCCAGUGGAUCUCGUCCGAUCGACAAGCCGACAUCUUCGACAAGCUCUUCGUGCGUGUCAAACCCAGCUACUUGCAGUCAUUAUCCCCACUGGUAGCACUUACCGUCUCUGCGGCCAUCACAUCGAGCUUCGACACUUACAUCAAUGAACGCCUUGAUUGGCUCGAGCGGGUACUGCAGCAAGUCAACGUGCAGGACGCCGACAUCAUGGACGUCGCACCGAAGAUUAUGGACGUGCUUUCGCAGCGUCUGCAGGGCGCAUAUAUGGCUAUCUCAGAGGAGAGACCUAGCGAUCCACUUCUCAAGAAGAUCAGCAACAUCAAUCGGUCGGUACAGGAGGUGCGCAGAAUUGCAUCAUGACUAGAGGCUGCGGAUAGGAGGGGCAUGGGCAUGAUUGUGCUGUGAAAGCGCUUCCGUACACAGCAUACCUUCCACGCACGCUACUUCUCGGUGCGCCUUGCGCAUACCACACUUUCACUCAGAGUGAGGGGCUAGAGCUGCGAGACCUUGGCUGAUGUUCCUUGGGCUGCCGAUGAAAAGGAAAGGCAUUUGGAACGGCGUUCAGAGAUGCCGGUCUGACGUACAGACAGACCGUAACAGCAUUCGUUCGUCGAGGGGGCAGACACAUGCAUGACUGCAAAUCAUGACGAUGGAUGACACCAAUGUGACUUGUCUUUACAUACCAUACCAUACCCCUGUACCAAUGCUACAGCAGUACAAGCAUUUAC